UUGUCAUCAGGCUAGCGUACGAAUUAGAUCGAUACAAAAUAGCGGAAAAGUACGAUAAAAACUCCUAUUGGAGAAAAUAUAAAAAAAUAAAUAAAUAGCCAUUGCUUAUAAAUGUGCUAAAGAAAAGUGUUUUAUCUGAAAAUUGAUCAGCGUAAUUAGUGGAAAAUGGGUGAAACUGCACCAACACCUUCGCCAAUAACCGAAGAGGCCGCAAGUACGAGUGCUUCAACCAGCAGCGAUGUGAUUACGAAGCAACAGCAGGUGCCAUCGAAGGUGAAGGUACUCAUCAUUGGUGCAGGAAUGGCAGGACUUUCGGCUGCAAAUCACCUUAUAUAUAGUGGCUGCAAUGAUUUCCUUAUUCUGGAAGCACGUAGCCGCAUCGGCGGACGAAUUGUUUCGAUACCUCUCCGUUCGCAAAGAGUCGAACUCGGUGCCAAUUGGAUACAUGGUGUUUUGGGUAAUCCUAUUUUCGAGAUUGCCGUUCAACACGGUCUAGUCAGUGUGGUGAAUAUACCGAAACCGCACACAGUUAUUGCCACAACCGAGGAUGGAAAUCAGGUUCCUUUCAACAUUCUUCAAGAGAUCUACGAGGCUUACGUUUGCUUUUUGCGUCGAUGUGACGAGUACUUCAUGUGUCAAUACAGCCCACCGCCGGACAUUAAUAGUGUUGGCGAACACAUCAAUUACGAAAUUGAAAUUUACUUAAGUUCUGUAAAAGAUCUGAAAGAGAAACGCUUAAAGCAAUUGAUUUUCAAUUGUUUACUCAAGCGUGAAACGUGUAUUACCGGCUGUACCAGCAUGAACGAAGUGGAUCUCUUAGAGCUGGGCAGCUACACAGAAUUACAAGGUGGAAACAUUGUGCCGCCGCAAGGCUACAGUUCUAUUUUGCGACCGCUUUCUGCACCUAUACCGAAAGAGGCAAUCAUCACCAAAUGUCCGGUAAAGAAAAUUCAUUGGAAACGGAAAAAGACAAUUACAGGGCUGGAAACAGUCGAUGAGAAUUCAGAAGAUGAUGAUGAUUCAGAUGAUACGGAAAAGACAGUUACUGAGGUGCCAACUGCACGUGCAGCAGCCGCAUCAGCAGCAACCACAACGAAUGCCCCAGUACGUGAGAAAUCUACUGAGUCCGAUGACACCUGUGAUUCGAGUGGCAAUUUAAUAGAUGCUGCUGUGCGAGUAGACUGUGAAGAUGGGCGAAGCUUUUACGCUGAUCAUGUGAUAUGCACCAUACCGCUGGGUGUACUUAAAUCAACACAUAAAACUCUGUUUGCACCUGAGCUACCGCAUUACAAGCAGGAGGCAAUUGAAAAUUUAAUGUUUGGAACAGUAGAUAAAAUUUACCUAGAAUAUGAUCGUCCGUUUUUGAACUCCUCCUUUUCUGAAAUAAUGUUAUUAUGGGACGAUGACAAAUACGAUGUGCAUUUGUCAGAUGAAGAGCGCAGUUCGACCGAGUAUUUGAGCAAGAAUUGGUACAAAAAGAUUUAUUCUUUUGCGAAAGUAUCUGAAACACUACUAUUGGGCUGGGUUUCAGGACGAGAGGCUAACUAUAUGGAGACGCUGUCUCACGAAGAAGUCGCAGAAAAAUGCACAGAGAUAUUGCGGACAUUCUUAAAGGAUCCGUAUGUGCCGAAACCAAAACUUUGCGUGUGCACAAGUUGGAAGUCACAACCGUUUUCUCGUGGUUCUUACACUUCAAUACCUAUUGGCGCAACGCAAGAAGAUAUCGAGUUAUUGGCACAGCCACUUUACGUGAAUGCACAAGCACAGAAGCCCGCCGUAUUGUUCGCCGGCGAGCAUACACAUGCCAACUUUUACUCAACUGUACACGGUGCCUAUUUGACUGGUCGGACGGCCGCUCAAUAUAUUCUCUCUAAAGACGAGCCGGUCGAGGCUAUUAUGGAAGCAGAUACCAGCGACUUGAGUUCUUGGAUACAAGGAAUUUCGCUGGAAUAA